GAAAGGUUUACGGUUUAGCCAGCAAUGUAUGACAGGUGUGAGCCACACCGCAGCUCCGGAAGAGCGAAGGUACACCUGUACUCAACCUCCUCUCUGCUGAGGGCGACUGAAAUCGCCGUUGACGUCUCGGUGCAUGUAUGGAGGAAGGCCGCCAGACCUGUCUGUUCACAACCGUGUCUCACACAGCCUUGGGAUCCAACCUCGUCCCGCGAGGCAAGCCGAAUCAACACCGCGGUCCAUACAACAUCUGGUUGACGAAGCCUACAAUAUGGCGGACCCGACUCAUGCUGUCAUCGGCAUUGAGACGACUGGUGUCGAUGGAGAAGAAGAAGACGAUUAGUCUUGCCACACUCGUGAUACAGACUACUUGCCUCGUUCUGACAAUACGUUACUCCCGCAUUGCGCAUGUCAGCGGGCCACGGUACCUGACGUCGACGGCCGUCAUCCUCUCCGAGGUCAUCAAACUCUUCACAUGUAUCGUCAUGGUGGCGCUCACGGAGGACAAAUCUCUGCCCACCAGCAGCGUGAGGGAGCAGGUCAGGGAGACCCUCCGUCUAGCCGUGCCGUCGGGGCUGUACACCCUCCAGAACAACCUGCAGUUUGUGGCCAUGUCCAGUCUGGACGCAGCAACCUUCCAGGUCACCUACCAGCUCAAGAUCCUCACGACAGCCAUGUUCUCAGUAAUGUUCCUCAAACGGCAAUUGACGAAUCUGAAGUGGGUGUCGUUGGUGCUUCUCACAGUAGGCGUUGCUCUAGUGCAGCUCCCGGUGCCCCGCAGUUGUCACGGAGACGAGUGUGUGGAUACUGAUGAGAGCGUGGGGAGAGCUUCCUGGAUGAUGGGCCUGUCAGCUGUGAUCGCCAUGUGUCUCAGUAGCGGCUUUGCUGGGGUCUACUUCGAGAAGGUGUUGAAGUCGUCCCAACAGUCCCUCUGGAUCCGGAACGUUCAGUUAGCCGUAUCAGGGAUCAUAUUUGGUGUCAUGUGUGCAGCAUUCUCCGACACUGACGCAAUUCUACAACACGGGUUCUUCCAAGGUUACAAUGUAUUGACGUGGUUGAUAGUCAUACAACAGGCGGCGUUGGGACUGGUGGUGUCGCUGGUCAUCAAGUACGCCGACAACAUCGUGAAGGGGUUCGCCUCAGCCCUCUCCAUCGUCCUCUCCUGUCUCGUCUCCUACCUCAUCAUUGGCGACCUCACCAUCAACUGCGUAUUCCUCCUCGGGGCGGCCAUUGUGAUAUCGGCGACAUUCCUCUACAGCGUCAACCCCAGUCAACUGCACAACAGUCAUUCAAAAUCGGAUAUGGUAUAGUCACGUGACUGGACCAACCAAUCAAGGUGUUGUAUAACAAACAGUAAGAUCCGAAAGCUACCAAUGGACACGUGUGUUUUAUCAACGACGGUGCUAGUCAGGAAGGCCAUAUCUACGAUUGAAUUCGACAUUAUUUACGCUUGCGAAAGGACCUGCUACCCAUGCUGGACUAUCGGUGGCCUACAAGCUUUUCUAGUCAGACAAAACCCAGUCACGGGGCACUGUAGGCUAAAAAGGACGCCAAUGAAGGCCGCUCAUUCUCCAACCAUCCUACAUUCCAAAGUCCACAGACAAGGCCAAACAGACUUAAAUCAAAUCAUGCAUCAGCGCAUAGGAAAACGUGUACUCUUUGCAUUGUUAGUGCGUUGGUGAGUCUGAUUGUAGGUGAAUUUAUAUGUGUAUGGUUGCUUUGUAUAAGUCGGCGAUAUUUAAUUUGUAACUCACUGUAUAGUUACUCGCUAACUCUAUCGGAUGUUACUAACCAUUAAAUGUUGCCUCACCUUCUGUCAAGGUCAGCACUUUCAUCAUCAUUUAAUUUUAGUGCGUGGUACAUUAUGCAAUACUAUGGAACAGAGUAGGCUACAUUGGAACACCGUGAAUACCAGUGAAACACCAUGGAACACUGCGAACCCCAGUGGAACCCCAUGGAACACCGCGAACCCCAGUGGAACCCCAUGGAACACCGCGAACCCCAGUGGAAACACCAUGGAACACCGCGAACCCCAGUGAAACACCAUGGAACACCGCGAACCCCAGUGGAACCCCAUGGAACACCGCGAACCCCAGUGGAACCCCAUGGAACACCGCGAACCCCAGUGAAACACCAUGGAACACCGCGAACCCCAGUGGAACACCAGGGAACACAGUGAACCCCAGUGGAACCCCAUAGAACACCGCGAACCCAAGUGGAACACCAUGGAACACUGCGAACCCCAGUGGAACACCAGGGAACACAGUGAACCCCAGUGGAACUCCUGGCUUGCACUGAAGCGGUUGAGACACAUGAGGUCACAACAAAUAAUGAAUGUUCCGUCUGUUUGGGAGAAUUUAACAUCUGGCAAGAGAACAUAUCAAAAUAUUUGUCACUGAUGUCACUGCUGUCACGGCUCACGUUGCAGUGUCUCCUCCGUUCCUCACUUUAAAAAACCAACCUGAAGAACAAGUAAACAGUUUGUUGUGGCCUUACAUGUAUUGAAUUGUUGAAUUUGUGAACACGUGAAUGUAUGUUAUAUGUGUGCAUGUUAUUGUAUGUUUGGGUCAGGGAGUACACUGGACGUGUAAUGCCAGCUUCUUGUAUAUUAUUGUUGUACUUACCAACGUCUUUCAUGGUAUAUAAUAAUUUCAUCUAAAAAUAUGUGCAUUUAUAAUGCGCCAAAUGCCAUUCACCGUGGAUGUCAUAGGGCUAUACUAUUAUUACCCCUGCAACCUGAAAAAGAGGCAACAAAAAUGUAACAAAAGUUAAAACAUAAUUUUUUUAAAUUAUUACCCCGGUCAAUGGAUCAGUGGGCACCUGAUUUUCAUUCUCAGCUCUCUGGGGAGUAUACACCCCAAGGUGUCUGUGAGGCGCUAGAAGGUGCUAUCUAUACUAAACAAAUGAACAAUUACAAAGGGAAACGUAGGUGAUAAUAUCUCAUGUGUUGUUGAUAACAUCUCAUGUGUAUGUGAUAACUUCCCAUAAGUUGUCUCGUGAUAACCUGUGGUUGCUUAGCAACAAAGUUGCAAUAUAUGACAAUAAUGAUGAUGUGAUGUAUUUGUCUAUUUUUGCUUCAUUGCUACGUGUUCCCUGUUUUAUUUUCAUGAGUAUUUAAUUUUUCCACUGAAGAUUACUUAUUCCUUGUAAGAAUAAUUAUACUUGUAAAUAUAUAUAUUUAUUAUGAUUGAUUUGAUGGAAGCUGACAUAACGAGUAUGUGUUCUACGUGGUCUGAACAAAUGUUUUCUGUGGCGAAAAGGAUAUUACUUGACAGUGUGUAUGAUCGAGCGGUAAAAUCAGAAAGGUGCGUACGCUCCGAAAAGUGUCACCUAGUGUAGAGUAAGGUGAGGUGAAAUGGGGUUUAACGUCGCGUCCAAGAUUAUUGCACUUAGCGACGUGCAUGCACGUGUGUGUGUGUGUGUGGCUGCUUGUACUAGUCCGGACUGAUGCCGAUUUAUAGU